GCAGCGAUACAAACUCGUGCUUGCGCUCUCCACGGACCACGAUCACCUGGCGCCCGUCCCCCGCCCCGCUUCCCUACUGCGUACGACUUAUGUUUUCGGACCGUUUGUCGUCGGGCCCGUCGGAGACUCCGUCGCCAUUUCGGUUUGCCGCAAUACACGAAAGAAAAGCUAAAAGAAUCUGCCGUUUCUGUCGAUCACCGUCGUCCGUCUUCGACGUGCGAGAAUCGUUCGGGUGCGCGAGACCAAAAAGGCUCAAUGACCUAGUUCAUCAACCUUGGCACAUCGACGCGUUAUCUGUUUUCGUGUGUGUGUUUUCCUAAACGCGCGCGUGCGCGUCGUCCGGCCGUCCGUCGACCCCUUCUCCGUUCCUAAACAACAAUAAUAAUAAUAAUAAUAAUAGUAAUAAUAACAAUAUUGUUUUAUAUCCGUUCGCGGCCGAUAAGAACUUCGGGAAUCCACUACCCUUGUCUCCGGGGACUUUGUCCAAGCAUCGAUCAGCAGCGGCUCGUCGUCGUCGACCUCUCUGUUGUCCAGCUUCCGCAGUUUCCCUGGAUCGACCAUGGACGGCACCGAACGAGGUUUAAGAUUGGAUAAUAAUCUGUCACUGAGUUCAAUGGGUCCUCAGUCGCCUUUAGACCUCAAACCCGAUACGGCCACUCUAAUGGUUAAUUUCAGCCCUCCUGGAGAUCCUCUAAGCCCUGCAGGAUUAUACACCGUUGACCGGAGCAAUAUGAUGAAUAAUUCUUGCAAUGUACAAGACUCUCCAAAUUAUCCGCCCAACCAUCCACUCAGUGGUUCGAAACAUCUGUGCUCCAUAUGUGGAGAUCGUGCUAGUGGAAAACAUUACGGAGUCUACAGUUGUGAGGGAUGCAAAGGGUUCUUCAAACGCACCGUGAGGAAAAAUUUGUCUUAUGCAUGUCGUGAAGAAAACAAAUGUAUCAUCGACAAACGCCAACGAAAUCGAUGUCAGUACUGCAGGUAUCAAAAGUGUUUGACCAUGGGCAUGAAAAGAGAAGCCGUCCAGGAAGAAAGGCAGCGUACAAAAGAUCGAGAUCAUAAUAAUAUCGAAGUUGAACCCACAAGCAGUUCUAAUACUGACAUGCCUGUGGAACUCAUUUUAAGGGCUGAGAAUAAAGCCGAUGCUAUAAAGACUGAACAACAGUACAUAGAGCAACAACAUCCUCAACAUACUGUUGGUGCUAUUUGCCAAGCAACUGACAAACAAUUAAUACAACUCGUUGAGUGGGCCAAGCAUAUACCACAUUUUAAAAAUUUACCUCUAGGAGAUCAAGUUUUGUUAUUGAGAGCUGGUUGGAAUGAGUUGAUGAUUGCAGCAUUUUCCCAUAGAUCGAUCAGUGUAAAAGAUGGUAUAGUCUUAGCUACUGGACUUACUGUCGAUAGAGAUUCCGCUCAUCAAGCUGGAGUUGAAGCUAUAUUUGAUCGUGUACUUACAGAACUCGUUGCUAAAAUGAGAGAUAUGGGUAUGGAUAGAACAGAACUUGGCUGUCUGCGCACUAUUAUUCUUUUUAAUCCAGGUUCAAAAGGUCUACAGUCUGUGAAUGAAGUGGAAAUACUACGUGAUAAGGUUUAUGUUGCGUUAGAAGAAUAUUGUCGCACAACACAUCCAGAAGAACCGGGGCGAUUUGCUAAACUACUUCUUCGACUUCCUUCAUUACGUUCAAUUGGCUUAAAAUGUUUGGAACAUUUAUUCUUCUAUAAACUUAUUGGGGAUUCGCCAAUUGAUACGUUCUUAAUGGAAGUUCUUGAAUCAUCAUCACACGAUGUUCAAGUAACUACAUGAUUUCUAACAAUUUUGUUAAAUAAUAAUAUCAUUAUUUGCAUCUAAUAGUUAUACAUUUAAAAAUGAUUGAUAAGU